GAAAACAUUACUUUCACCAUUUUCAAACUCCAUUCUCUCUCUCUCUCUCUACCGGCGGAAAUGGUGUCCAGAUUGAUCAGAAAAACUCCGACCAAGUCCAUCAAAGACAGCCGAGGACGACACCGCCGCAAAUCUUCCCCAGUCAAAAAAUCACCAUCAUCAACAGCUUCAGCCUCAACAGUCAUUUCCACCAUUAACAAAUCCUUCUUCAACUGCCACCGUCGCCUCAUCAAACUCUUCUCAAAACUAACCCAAAUCGGAACCCCUACAAAUUGUCGCAAGAACAAAGGAUACAAGAUCCUCAAAAAAACCCCUGAAACCCUAAUUCCCAAUCCUCGACGAUUAAUAACCUCAUUCGGCGGCCUCCUCCUCCCACCUCUGAUCUCCCCUGAGAAGAAGCGAACGAUAUUCCUAGAUCUAGAUGAGACUCUGGUUCAUUCCAAGCCAGAUCCGCCUCCAAAACGCUUCGAUUUCGUCGUACGGCCGAGAAUCGAAGGAGAAACUCUGAAUUUCUACGUGUUGAAACGACCUGGAGUUGAUGAACUGCUCGAAUACCUUAGGGAAAACGACGAUAAAUUCGAGGUUGUUGUUUUCACGGCUGGAUUGAGAGAAUACGCUUCUCUUGUUCUCGAUAAACUCGACGGAAACAGAGUGAUCUCUCAUCGGCUUUACCGCGAUUCGUGCAAAGAAGUUGAUGGGAGACUCGUUAAGGAUUUGUCGGAUUUGGGUAGGGAUUUGAGGCGAUCUGUGAUCUUCGAUGAUAAUCCGAAUUCGUACUCUUUGCAGCCGGAGAAUGGAGUUCCUGUUCAGGCGUUCGUUGACGAUGUCGGCGGCGAUUGUGAACUGAGUAAGUUGGUAGGGUUUUUGGAGAGUUCAUAUGAAUUUGAUGAUAUUAGAGAAGCUGUUAAGCAUUAUAUUAAUGCUAAUUCCAAUAAUUAAGAACACAAUUACUAACAAAAUUGCUCAAUUUCUGUGUGUUGAGUUGAGUUGAUUUGAUUUCAUUGUUGUAGCUUGGAUUGAGUGAAGGUCAAAAGGUCAGAAAUUUGUAUUGAAUUUGCUUAUCAAAGUUAAAUUGUUGUUCAACAAUUUCAACGAAAUUUGUUGAAUUGAUUUGAUUUGAUGAGA